CUGAAAUGCUUGCUUGUCUCCCUUCAAGAUCCAGUAUUCUCUCGGAAGAUCAGAUGAAGAGCUGUCACGUUUCCAAGCUAGUGUCAACCCCAUCUUUGCUCUCCCAACCUCUAUGACGUCUCACCGAAGGAAAGACGAAACACCCAUCGUCUAUCAUCAUAUUGUGAAGUUGAAGAAAAGUUCACACUUCAAAAGUUAAAUACAGAAAUCUACACUUUGAGUCAAAGAAUAUAACGUAAAGCUAAGACAAUGGAAGAGAUAAGACAGAGGUACUGGGAUUAGAAGUGGACAAUCUCAAUGGCUAGACAACUUUACGAAACAGCCUUCGACAGCAAAGUUCGAAGGGAAGUAGAAGACAUUGACAAGUUAGUUCAAAGUCCAGUUUUGUCAGAAAUUGGCCGAAGGAGACAUAGCUCUGGGCCAAGAUCCGGAUCUGCACCGUCUUCCAGCAGCGGGUCUUCUUCCAAUACACCUACUCAUCAACCAUAUCUGACAGCAAGGGAGUCUCCACGUAGGGGACCCUGCCAGGCUUUGCCUCAAUUUUUUCAUACCGAAAAAAGAAAAGUGACUCUUGUGCGGGAUAGUCCUCGUUCUUCACCUCUUCUUUCACGCAACACUCACACGGGUUCGCUACAAUUAUCUCGACCAGCAAAAGAAACAGAAUUCGAACUAAAGAUACAAGAGAUUAAACAUGGAUGUAAUUCACAAUCCCUGAACACUAAGACUGGUGAAAAGGAAUCUUCUUUCACAAAAUACAUCCCAGAAGAUUUCCUAGGAACAAGCAAGAUCUCCCAUAGCAAUCGGUGCUUAGUUUCUACUAAUGACGUCAACCAGAAGGAAAAGAUUUCGAACAAAUUGCUAUCUGGAUCAAAAGGCCAAGGAUUCAAACAGCUAAAUACUGAAAGUAAAAAGACUAAAUCAUUUGAGACAGUUUCGGGUUCGUUAGAUCGAAAAAACUCCAAAACGACUAAAAACAGCUCCGCUUCUAAACUGCAUAUUCCAAAUGGUGCUUUAUUAGAUAAUACCUACGCAGAUAGACCAGCUGUUUGUUCUUCUAUGAUCCACGAAAAGAAGCUUAUAAAAAACACUAAUACGUUUCGGGAUUCACCCAAGCAUUCCAGUGUAUCUGGACAUGAAACAAAUUUUUCUAAAUCUUUUAAUUCAAAUUUCGAAAAAGGUUCUUCAUCGUUAAGCUCAAAAGAGAUAUUAAACAACUCUCAGUUACUUAAACCUCACAAACAAUUACACUUUCAAAGUGAUCAAGAUCAUUCUAAAGAUAGCUCAAAACUCGACACGAAUUUACCCGAAAUAGACCAUCCUUCAACAACCAACAAAAAUGUAUCACAAAGCUGUCAACCAUUGAUCAGUAAAUCGCAAAGCUCUACAUCGUUAAAAGACCGACGCUAUUUGUGGAAUGAGUCAGAAUUACAACUGAAAUCUAAAAAUCUAGAUCCCGUGAACGAGAAUAAAAUAGCUGAUGAAAGCAAUCAUUUUAAGCAAGGUAUAAGCUGUAAAGAAGAUUCUAAGGAUGAAAAUGAAACUAAAGAUGAAUCUAUUUCAGUUCGUCCAGGAGGAAAGGAAGAAGAAAGUAGUAGAUCUGAAAAAGUCACUGCCCCUAAUGAUAAACUCAUCACUCGACCAAAAAGACCAGGAUCCCUUUCAAUUCCUAGUUUAUCAGGAAUGUCAAUACCAAUCCCAGUACGAACACAACAUAUUCAGUCUCCUCCUACUGCCACCACCACCACAUCUUCCGACAAAGACAAUACUGCUAACAAAGCAUCCACAUCUAAGGACUCAGGCGUACCAAAUCGGCCAACACUUAAUUUAAGUCUGAACCUGAACACAGCGAACGCCCCCAAAAGGGCUCGUCAGCAACUGUUUUUCAGUUUUGGUUGCCCGGUGCUGAGUGCUGUUGGUGAAACAGUUGAUCCUAACAUUCCACUGGAGAGACAAGGGUGGUAUCACGGGUCUAUAAAUAGAAUAGACGCAGAAAAGCUUUUGAGGAAUUUGAAAGAAGGAAGUUAUCUCGUCCGAAACAGCAAAAGCUCAAAAGGAAAAUUCUCUUUAUCUCUCAAGAGUGCCAAAGGCUUCAUGCACAUGAAAAUCGUCCACAGCGACGAGAAGUUUAUCCUAGGUCAAUUCGGAAGGCCGUUCGACAAUGUGCCGGAGAUGGUCCAUCAUUACUCCGUGAACAAGCUGCCGAUCAAGGGGGCAGAACACAUGUCUCUGCUUCACCCUGUCAUCGACCAGCUCCUAUAAAACUACAAAAGCCGAUGACGUAAAAAGUACUUACAAAAAACCUCCUCUUGAGUAAAUUUACUGAAUUUGAUCAUUAAGUGAAUGUUUCAACCUUGUUGAACAGUUUCUAGUUGUUAGAAUAGAACAGGCAUAUGGUUUGUAAGCUCAAGAGUUUCUUGUUACUACCAAGAAUUAUUCGUUACAUGUUGUACUAUACGUGAAGAUAUAUCCUGCUUCGAAAAUAGAAAAUGGGUAAAAAUAUGUGUGGAUGGAACUGAUUUUGUUUUAUAAAUACAAAGGCAUGAGUGCCAACUUCACAUUAGUAUUAAAGUACUGUAAUGGGUAAAAAUAUGUGUGGAUGGAACUGAUUUUGUUUUAUAAAUACAAAGGCAUGAGUGCCAACUUCACAUUAGUAUUAAAGUACUGUAACUAUUUGUCUCUUCGUCAGUUUUUGUUUAUUGUUCAUAAAUUAAGUAAAUUCAAUUAUAUCUUAAGUGCUACUGUAGUGUUUCCACAAACAGUGGUUAUUGAAGAAAAAAAAAGCAUUUUAUAAGUGUUCGUUUAAAAGAAAAACUAGAAAUAAACAUAAUAUUUCGUUGUAAACAGCAUAUUGACUACUUUUAACAAUAUUUUCUCACCGCUUUUGGAUGACAAAUUCGUAAAGAAACUUUCGUUUAAAUCAAAAUAAUGUUUUUUUUAAUAGAAAAGUUCAGUGUUUUCUUAACACCUGACUAAAUCGGAUACAUUAUUGAUGUGAUAUAUGUUAGAGUUAUAUAUGAAUGUGUAGUUUUAUAACGAUUACAAAAUCAUUUACAAACUUGUUUCACAGAAAGAAAAACUUAAGAUUUAAGAUCUCUGGAAUUUAAUUACAUACUUUACAAUAUUUUUGAUUUAAUUUCCAUAUGUAUAUAAAUACUCUUAAAACAACAAGUUAAGUCUAAUACAAUAUUAUACAGUUAUAUACAUUAAUUUUACUUUUAUAACUCAUUGAAUACUUUAUGCGAAUUCAUUAGGAAGAAAGAUAGUGUUUGAAAAUUUAAUGUAUAAAGAAUAUUAACGGUUAGAGACGGC